AUGAUCCCCCCGAUAACGGGCGCGAUGCAUCAUACGGUGUCCAGAGAUGCGCAUCAGUUAUUGGCAACCGAAUCGUGUGUUUGUGCGACUGACUUUUGCAACAGCGAAAAGCCUGAAAUCACGGUCAACGAAAAGAUGAAAUGCAACACUUUUGUGACACUACACGUGAUGGGUACCAAGGUGUCAUCGCGCAACACGACAUGUACCGGUGAAUACUGCUUCAAAGCGAGUAUCAAGAGUAAAAUUGGACAUAUGAAUGAAUACAAAACCAUGGGAUGCGCUUCGUUUAUCGAUGGCGCUGAACUUGUCGAGGAAUUGCAACCGGUCGGAUGUGCCAAGUUCCAGUCCGAAAAAGUCACCGUUGAGACUUGCUUUCAGACAAAAGACCGAAGUGCGAUUGGACGUGCACGUGCAAAUCAAGAAGCACCGCCGGGUUUGCGUAGAAAGACAUUCAAGAAGAUAACGAAAACAAAGAACAAAUAUCACGAGGAUAAAGAGGAAAAGGAUACCGCAACAGACAGAAAAGAGGAAGAGAAAGAGGAUGAAAAAGAAGAGGAUGAGGGUGAGGAAGAGGAAGGGGAGAACGAGGAAAAGGAGAGUGAGAGUGAUAAAGAAAACGAUGAGAAGGAAAGUAGCAGUAAAGAAGAAGAAGAAAUGAUCAACGUGACGAGCACAACAUCGAAACCAGUAUUCAUAUUCGAAGGACCAACUGAAGCAUCGAUCCCUGAAGAGUCGAAUGCCACAUUAGUAUUCGUUUUCGUUUUAAUAAUGAUUCUCAUCGUGAUGACGGGUAUCGUGUGGAAAUUCGGAUUGCAUAAGCGAUUGUUCCGUGCAAAAUACGAUACGGUCGCAGGGGGAUAG